UCACACAUACACGAUGGUCUCUUUCGGUGCAACUCUGGUUCGGCAGUUUCGGUACAAGUCGGCAUUCCACAUUGCGGAGGCCGCCAUUUUAACCAAGAAAUCUACAACCCUAGCUUCGGCAGCGUGCAGUGCGAAUAGUCAGUUGCAGUUUGGAAUCCAGGUUGUUCGCGAAUAUUCGAAAGCGUCGAAGAUGAGUACUUUGCCCAGGGUGUUUUUCGACAUGACCGCCGAUGGCGAGCCCCUCGGUAGGAUAACGAUGGAGCUGCGCUCCGACGUUGUGCCCAAGACCGCCGAGAACUUCCGCGCCUUGUGCACCGGCGAGAAGGGAUUCGGCUACAAGGGCUCCAUUUUCCACCGCGUCAUCCCCAACUUCAUGUGCCAGGGCGGCGACUUCACCAACCACAACGGCACUGGCGGCAAGUCGAUCUACGGCAACAAGUUCCCCGACGAGAACUUCCAGCUGAAGCACACCGGCACCGGCAUCCUGUCGAUGGCCAACGCUGGCGCCAACACGAACGGCUCCCAGUUCUUCAUUUGCACCGUGAAGACCGCCUGGUUGGACAACAAGCACGUCGUCUUCGGCGAGGUGGUCGAGGGUCUCGAUGUGGUGAAGAAGAUCGAGUCCUAUGGCUCGCAGUCCGGCAAGACCUCCAAGAAGAUCAUGGUUGCCAACUCUGGUUCUCUAUAAGAAUGCGUUAUAGAGGCAAAAGCAACAAGAUUACAUGAAGAAAAAUCUGUUAAGACGGAAAAACCAUUUGCAUUUUCUCCAAAAACAUUUUUUUUUCUACCAAUUACUGUAAUAUUACGAAAAACAAAAAUACAAUACAACAAUAUUUUCAAUAGACAUGUUUAAAUAUAUUCCCAUUGGGUUGUUGUCUUUUGGCCAAUAAAUUGUAUAUGGGGGCCAAAAUUCAAUAUAUCAAAUUAACGAGCCUCCAGUGACAGUGUUUAAACGAUUCAAACAUGUAGCCUUUCGCAUUUCCAUAGAAAGAUAAAGAAAAAGAAACGAGACGACACCCACAAACAUUGAGCAUUAUAAUCGGGGAUUAGCAAAAUGUUAGAUGUUACAGAAAUUGGCCCAAAACUCUAAAGCUAAUUAUCCACAAUAUAUAUUCCAACGUUCAGCGAUGUUUUCCGAAAUCGGAAUUGUAUUUUCGUCUUAAUAAAAGUAAAAAUAAACGACAACCAACAACUGA